UGGCAUCCCGGUAGCCGUCUGCCUUUUCCGGCCCCGCGCCCCCGCCUCGCGUAGCGGACCCCUCCAGGGUGCGGAGAUCGUUCCGAACGAGCCGCUGCUUCCUCUGGGUGGCCACCUGCUCCAUCUGUGGCUUCGUCUACCUGUGUUCAGCCAUGGCCAGCGAGAGCUCCCCUCUGCUGGCCUACCGGCUCCUGGGGGAAGAGGGGGCUGCCUUCUCUGCUGGUGGACCUGGAGGUCCUGGAGGGGCUCCUGCCCGGAAGCUCUCCACCUUCCUAGGUGUGGUGGUGCCCACUGUCUUGUCCAUGUUCAGUAUAGUUGUCUUCCUAAGGAUUGGAUUUGUGGUGGGCCAUGCUGGGUUGCUGCAAGCCUUGGCCAUGCUCCUAGUUGCAUACUUCAUUCUGGCGCUCACUGUCCUGUCUGUCUGUGCCAUCGCCACCAAUGGAGCUGUGCGGGGGGGCGGAGCCUACUUCAUGAUCAGUCGGACCUUGGGGCCUGAGGUUGGAGGCAGCAUCGGCCUCAUGUUCUAUCUGGCUAAUGUCUGCGGUUGUGCCGUCUCUCUGCUGGGGCUGGUGGAAUCUGUGCUAGAUGUCUUCGGGGCUGAUGCUGCAGGGUCCAGUGGACUCAAAGUUCUGCCCCAGGGUUAUGGCUGGAACCUGCUCUAUGGCUCCCUGCUGCUGGGCCUCGUAGGUGGAGUGUGCACAUUGGGUGCUGGCCUCUAUGCCCGUGCCUCCUUCCUUACAUUCCUGCUGGUUUCUGGCUCCUUGGCCUCAGUGUUAGUUAGUUUUGUGGCAGUGGGGCCCAGGGACAUCCCCUUAACUCCUCGGCCUGGCUCCAAUGGCUCCUCCCUGCCAGCCCGGUUUGGCCAUUUCACCGGCUUCAACAGUAGCACUCUGAAGGACAACUUGGGUGCUGGCUAUGCCCAGGACUACACCACUGGGGCCAUGAUGACCUUCGCCAGUGUCUUUGCUGUUCUCUUUAAUGGUUGUACAGGCAUCAUGGCUGGGGCCAACAUGUCAGGGGAGUUGAAGGACCCCAGCCGGGCGAUUCCUCUGGGCACAAUUGUUGCGGUGGCUUACACCUUCUUCAUCUACGUCCUGCUUUUCUUCCUCUCCAGUUUCACCUGUGACAGAACCCUGCUGCAGGAAGACUAUGGGUUCUUUCGUGCCAUCAGCCUAUGGCCUCCGCUGGUGUUGAUUGGGAUCUAUGCUACAGCACUCUCAGCCUCCAUGAGUUCCCUCAUCGGUGCCUCCCGAAUCCUGCACGCCCUGGCCCAGGAUGACCUCUUUGGAGUGAUCUUGGCACCAGCUAAGGUUGUGUCUGGAGGGGGGAACCCCUGGGGAGCUGUCUUGUAUUCUUGGGGUCUAGUCCAACUGGUGCUCCUGGCAGGGAAGCUGAACACCUUGGCUGCCGUGGUCACCGUCUUCUACUUGGUGGCCUAUGCAGCAGUGGACCUGUCGUGCCUAAGCCUGGAGUGGGCCUCAGCCCCCAACUUCCGCCCCACCUUCAGCCUGUUCUCCUGGCACACCUGCCUGCUGGGCGUGGCCUCCUGCCUGCUUAUGAUGUUUCUUAUCAGCCCAGGGGCAGCCGGGGGCUCCUUGCUUCUCAUGGGCCUGCUGUCUGCCCUGCUCACAGCACGAGGAGGCCCCAGCAGUUGGGGCUAUGUCAGCCAGGCCUUGCUCUUCCACCAGGUGCGUAAGUACCUGCUCCGGCUGGACGUCCGGAAGGAACACGUGAAGUUCUGGCGGCCCCAGCUGCUGCUCCUGGUGGGGAAUCCCCGGGGUGCCUUGCCUCUGCUGAGGUUGGCCAACCAACUCAAGAAGGGGGGGCUCUAUGUACUGGGCCACGUCACCCUGGGUGACCUUGACUCCCUGCCCUCGGACCCUGUUCAGCCGCAAUAUGGGGCAUGGCUGAGCCUGGUGGACCGGGCCCAAGUGAAGGCCUUUGUGGACCUCACCCUCUCAUCCUCUGUGCGCCAGGGAGCUCAGCAUCUGCUGCGGAUCUCAGGCCUUGGUGGCAUGAAGCCUAACACGUUGGUCCUGGGUUUCUAUGAUGAUUCUCCACCACAGGACCAUUUCCUGACAGACCCAGCUUUCUCCGAGCCUGCAGACAGUACCAGGGAGGGUGGGUCCCCAGCCCUGAGCACUCUGUUUCCUCCACCACGUGCACCUGGGAGUCCCCGGGCUCUCAGUCCCCAGGACUAUGUGGCCACCCUGGCAGAUGCCCUCAAGAUGAACAAGAAUGUGGUUCUAGCCCGGGCCUGUGGGGACUUGCCCCCUGAGCGAUUGAGCCGGGGGUCUGGAAGCUCCACUCAGCCUCAUCAUGUGGAUGUGUGGCCUCUCAACCUGCUGCGACCCCGCGGUGGUCCCGGCUAUGUGGACGUCUGUGGUCUCUUCCUCCUGCAGAUGGCCACCAUCUUAGGCAUGGUGCCUGCCUGGCACAGUGCCCGCCUCCGGAUCUUCCUGUGUUUAGGCCCUCAGGAGGCCCCUGGGGCAGCUGAGGGGCGUCUCCGGGCACUGCUGAGCCAACUAAGGAUUCGGGCAGAGGUGCAGGAGGUGGUGUGGGGUGAAGGGGCUGUGGCUGGGGAGCCAGAAGAAGAGGAAGGGGACUUUGUGAACAGUGGGCAGGGAGAGGCAGAGGCAGAGGCCCUGGCCAGCAGCGCCAAUGCCCUGGUACGUGCCCAGCAGGGGCGAGGCACUGGCGGAGGGCCUGGGGGGCCAGAGGGUAGGGAUGGUGAACAGGGGCCCAUCACAGCCCUCACCUUCCUGUACCUGCCUCGGCCACCUGCCAAUCCUGCCCGCUAUCCUCGAUACCUGGCACUGCUGGAGACUCUGAGCCGUGAUCUGGGCCCCACACUGCUGGUUCACGGUGUCACCCCAGUCACCUGCACUGACCUCUGAUGCUGAACUUCCUAGGUUGGGUAGGAAGGGCCCAGGCUCAUCUUGACUAACGAACCAUUUGCCUGCACUGGCCCUGCCCUCGGGAGCACGGAACCUGGCUGUUUAGGGAGAUCCUGGCCUGGCCCAUCUCCUUUGGGAGAGGGACCUCAUGCACUAAUGUGGAUGUUUGACCCCACUGUCCAGGACAGGGCAUCCACAGCCCUCCCCCUAACAGGCCUCUCCCUUCACUGGUGCCUUGAUGGGAGGGGCUGGUCUCCUCUGCAAUGCUAGGCUACCUCAGUGUCCCCAUCCUGGCCACAGAUGCAUCGGCCCCCUGGGGUGGUGAUAUUUUUUUUUUGUUGUUGUUCUGUUUUAUUUUUCUAACUGCUGACCGUGAAUA